ACGGCCCAUGACUGUGCUGCUUGUCUCACAGGGUCAAAUGAAACUCCUUCAUGUUUUUUCCCCCCAUAGGAAACAGGAUCGAACGAUUAGCUAGGUAGCAUCGUCAGCUGCCCGUUACAUACUUAUUUUCAAACAAAUAACAGGAAGAUAACCCAGUAUAUGACAUUUAUCACGAGAACUCAAUUCAUGAGGGUUUUUUAAGCUACUUGAACUGUGAGUACGCAACGUGAGCAAACAGAAGUGACUCUUUGAAAGUGAAAGUAAGUCUGUUUAAGAGAAACCAUAAGCGACAACCACAGGAUAAAACAACAGAAUGGCUGCUAAUGUAUCAGACUCUGAAGUGUACUACACCUGUCCCGUUUGCUGUGAUAUAUUUAAGGAUCCCGUUGUGUUGUUGUGCGGGCACAGCUUCUGUAAGCACUGCAUUCGGGAAUGGUGGAGACAGAGCAAACUUCAGGCGUGUCCGGUCUGUAAAGAAAUAUUUCCAAUGUCUCAGCCUCCGCGUAACCUGGUGCUGAAAAACCUGUCUGACAACCUGAGACAGGAGAGGAGUCAGGCUGCAUCAGAAUCUAAGGAGCGCUGCAGCCUGCACAGUGAGAAGCUCCGACUCUUCUGUGAGAAUGAUCAGAAGCUCAUCUGUGUGGUCUGCAGAGAUGCGAAACAACACAAGAAACACAACUGUGUCCCCAUCAAUGAAGCAGCAGAAGAACACAGAACUAAAGUCAAGAUCGAGCUGAUGCACUUAAAAAGAAAACUGGGGUCAUUUAAAAGAGAAAAACUCAAAUGUGAUGAAAUGGCUAACCACAUUAAGCUCCAGGCUCAGAAUACAGAGAAGGCCAUCAGAUCAGAGUUUCAGAAGCUUUACCAGUUCCUGAGAGCAGAGGAGGCUGGUAGGAUAGAUGCAGUGAGGAAGGAGGCGACACUCAAGAGUGAGACAAUGAACCUGAGGAUUGUAAAUCUGACUGCUGAGAUCUCCUCACUCAGAGACAAAAUCAAAACCAUAGAGGGGGAGGUGAAAGCUGGAGAUAUGCCAUUUAUGAUGAACAUCAGAUCCACUAUUCAGAGAUCUCAGUGCAAGCUGUCAGAGCCAGUCACUCCAUCAGGAGCCCUGAUCGAUGAGGCCAAACACCUUGGGAACCUGCUGUUCUCAGUCUGGAAAAAAAUGAUGGCUAUAAUACACUAUACUCCUGUAGUUCUGGAUCCCAACACUUGCUGCAGAAACUUUACAGUAUCUGAACACCUGACUUCUUUAACACCAUCUUCCAAGCCUCAGUCCUUUCCUUACAACCCUGAGAGGGAUUAUGACUCAGUCUUUGGACACGAAGGCUUCACCUCUGGAAAACACAGCUGGGACGUGGAGCUCAGUGGAUACUGGAGUGUUGGUGUACGCGCUAAAAUAACCAAGAAUCACAUGACGGUAAAGAAAUGGGGCAUUUACGUGUGUGUUUGCACUGGCGUUCUGCGUGAGAUUAUCCCAGGGAGUGACAGCAAACAGGCAUCUGAUAAUUGUCCUCCACAAAAAGUCAGAGUCCAGCUAGAUUAUGACCAAGGAAUUCUGUCAUUUUUUGACCUUGGUCGGAAAAUGCCUGUAUACACCAUCAGAUAUAGAUUUACUGAAAAACUCUUUCCAUAUUUUCAUGAAAAGGCAAAAAUUCUUCCAGCUGAAUUGUCAGUGACGAUAAAACAACUAAAAUAGACACUCUGCAGAACCGGAAGGUCUUAAUAACAGAAUAAGACUUAGAAGCUGGCUUAUUUCCUGAUGUUAUGAAUGUUUAUGAUGUCACCAAACUUUGUGACAUUUGCAGUGAUUGUUAUAGUGUUAGGAGUAUUUCCACAAUGCCCUCACAUGGUUGACAUGUCUAGCCCACUCUCUUUUCACCACUAACACACUCACAUAUAUGAAUCCAAUCCUCUACACUGAUACUGAAUCUCAGUGGUAUUACAGCUGGAAUGCCUGCUAUGUUUAUUCAACUAAUGAAAGAAUGAAGAAAAACAAACAGAGGGGCCAAAUUAAAAGAGAAAAGGGAUCGAGAGAAGAAAACACACUGAGGGAGAAAAGGAAAUAGCGGGAGAAUAGAGCAUAUGGGCUUCAAUCAGUUUGUAUUCCUCUGCGUGUUUUACAUGAGCGCUGCUGAGUCUGAACAAUGACUGACAAUACCUGCUUAAAUGUGGUUGUGAGGGGAUUACUGCUGCAUGAAUUUAAUUUGGGAAAUGCAUAUUUUUCAGAAUGACGUGAGAUCAGUUUUACUGCCUACAGUUAAUUUGUUGUUUUAAAAGUUGUAUUUGUUUAAGUCAUCCUUAAAUCAUUCAUAUUU